CCCAGCAUCCAGUUCUCCAAGCGCUACAUCAAGUACCUCACCAAGAAAUUCUUGAAGAAGCACCAGCUUCGUGACUGGGUUCGCGUCAUCAGCUCUUCCAAGAACGCUUACGAGCUCCGUUACUUCAACAUCGCUGAGGCCGAUGCUGACAACGACGGUGACGACGAAUAGAUUACUCGUCUUCUGAGUUCUCUUUUUUGUCUUGUAUGAUAUCUCUAUCACAAAAUACACUUGAGGGUUUUUGAUAAUUUAUGUUGCGAGCUUCAACCAAUUGUUGUUUGGGUCCAAGUGGUGGUGCGGCGCAACUUCAUAUUUGGUGGCUCUGCGAUAAGCGGUAUUGCUCUUGUGACGUACAGCUCGGACAUGUGAUGUUCAACCCCAUCUUGGGCAUUCUCCCCGCUGCUCCCUUCAAGUAGCGCAAUCCCACAAUGUUCCGUCUAACCCGCCGCCUCACCGCCCUCCCUCGUCCCUUCCUCUCCCUUCCCCCUCUCCCGCGCACCAUCAUCCGCACCUUGGCCACAAAACGCAUCUUCGUUGGCAAUGUCCCACAAACCGCCACGACCGAAGACGUCACCUCCCUCUUGAGCAAGCAUGGCACCGUGACCGACGCGUGGCUGUUUAUCAACAAGCUCACGGGGAAGCAUCGCCAGUGCGGUUUCUUCGAUAUGGAGGCGGCGGAGGCGAUUGUCGCGAUUGAGCAGGUGGAUGGGAAGGAACUUCAUGGGAGGCUUUUGAGGGUCGCUGAAGCCACGGAACGCGAGCCUGCCGGCAGUGCGGAUGCGGAGCAAGUUGUUCAUCGAUCGACGAAUAAUAAUCGGUUCCAACGACGCCCCAGAGGCCCCAGGCGCGAUCGGGAUGAGGGCGGGUUGUAGGGGUGGUGUUGGGAUUGAGGGAUGCGAUGAUGGGUGAAUGGUGGGGGUGUGCUGGGGAUGACGAUGCCGCUAGUACAGCCGACAGGGCUGCAAUGAUUCCGGCAUGAUGCGGAGUACACCUACGGCAGAUGGAUUUUUUGGUCGGCGUAGACGGCAUGCACGCAGUCAUCCAU